CAGCAGAUGACAACUCAAUUUACGUGAGCUUAGUUCUCCUCUUAAAAACACAUGAGUUGAAGGUGUUCCUCUGCGUCGAACCUCUUUGAUAGAAAAACUGCAUCUGCAAAAACGUUUUCUACUUGAGAACUACAAUUCAGCUUCAUUAAAGACUUUAAUAUCUGUUUCUCAACUCGUAAUCGUACACCAUCAUGGGCAACAAUUUCUCUGGGACCACAACAGCUGCACCUGCACAGCUUACUGCGAUAAUCACUGCCGCAUCUGAAUUUUAUGGCUUAGUUACCCUAAAACUCUAUCUUCUGACUCAUAUAACAUGAACAUCUGAAGCAUGUUAAUCGGAGGCUGAAAAUAAGCGAGUUCCUGACUGAAAUGAGCAGGGAGGUAGCUUUAGAGUGCUACUCUUCCAUGUUCAGUAUCUCGCUUUUUUUCAUCAGUAACUUGCUUAAUUCGGUUUAUCGAAUAGUUACUUGGAGCUGUUUCGUAACAACUAAGGGAAAAACUCCUGCUCCAAGAUGAACAACGCCAAGAAGAUGGUUCGGAGCGAGCUCUAAGAGUAACCAGAGAUCUCACUCGCAUCUGUGGAAAAGCUCGCACUCUUGUGGCAGCGAGAUGGAGCCCCACUGGUCUGCAGCGUCGAUCGGCUUAUGGAGAUGGUCGACGACGUCAAUGAUCGAGAUGACCCUUCGCCUAGUAGUUCUAGUACAACUUCUGCAAAAAAUUUCAGGAAGAUGCUCGUGGAGUAUGUGCGUCCUCGUAUGGGCUUGGCACUGGGAGGUAACCAGGGAAGCUGCGAAGAUGGAGGUACUGGACUAGAAAACAACGCUAAUAUUGUCUAUGCAGCAGCACCAGAAGUUUUUGGCGCUUUAUGCUUGGUCGCCAGGGAUGCUUCGACAUCUACUUCGCCGUCGCGACAUCUUCAGGACCGCUUAUUGCGUCGCAAAGCUCGGUUUUUAGCUACGUUCUUGCGUUUUUCCUCUCGGCGAAGGCAGCGUGUCGAGAUAGAGCUUAUCUUCGAGAGCGCAGUGUCCGGAGUCACACGCUUAUUGGGCGAUGACUGUAUAAAGACGACUGUAAGUAUGCUGACUUGUUUGCGUUCUCGCUCUUGCUGGAAGAAAUUAUGAGCGUACUUAUGACUAUAUUGGAUGAAAAAAUUAGAGAAUGCACUACGUACUACGCUGAAAUUCACAAACCAAGAUGAAUAAUACGACUAUUAUCUUCACGUCACGACUCAAUCCCCUAGUAUCCCCUAGUUGUAGUUGCCAAAUCAGGUCCUCUCUCCUCUACGUGCAACCAUGCGGCCCAAAUGGCUUUGGUGGACAACUUGUGGACUAUGUUUAACUUGCGUUCGGAAGCAGUGGCUCCUCAUCAAGUCGCGGAAUGGGCGAUAAAGAAUGUCGUAGUCAAUAACUUGUUAACCGCUUUGACGUUCUUUAGUACAACGACGAACAAAGAAGAUCACUAGCUGCAUGAUAUGUUGAUUUUUAGUUGUACAAUUUCGAAAGAAGACGACCUUCAGCUCCGCCAGUUGUAGCGUUAAUGCCUGCAGUAGAUUAUAAAAUGCAAAAAGUAAAAACACACAGUGAAGACGCUAAAAAACUAGUAGAAGAAAGCGCAAGCGCUAGCGGAGAACAAAAUGAAGAUAAGAAUAGCUGACAUUGAUGACAUUUAGUUUGCAAGUAUGAGUGCGUUGUUCCGGAUUGUGAAGCUCAAGCAAAGGCCCGACUGAAGAACUCAUACCUAUUGCACACGCGGAUCAAAGU